AGGUACCUAGGUAAAUUGAAGUCGUAAUGUUCGCAACAAAGCGCGUCCAGAAGGUUCAAUUGCAUAAUCAUAUUUGGCAGAUGAGUGCAUGGCAUUUUGUUCGCGAUACUUGGAAGGUUUCCCUACCAAGCAUAACAUACCAUCAAGGAAUAAUGACAAACCAGAUCAAUUUGAGACUCCCAUGAGUAGGCAAGAAUCCACUUUGUUUCCUCCAGUAGGAAAACCAUUGGGAAAACCAUCGGCGUACUCCUUAACUGAUAGAGAGAAAUUGCAAGCACAUAGAUAUGUGCUAUACAACUGUGAUGCUGUAGUGCCAUAUCUAAAAGAACAUGCUGCUAAUUUGCAAAGGAAGAAACGCAAAAGGCUAACUCCAAAAAACAUUGAGAACAUGCAAAAUGAACAAUUCCCUGAUUGGUUCAGAGAUCAUAUCUUGCAGUUGGAGAAUCAAAGAGGUAUCGAUAGUAUUGAUGAGGAUAUUAGAUGGCUGGCACGUGGACCAAUUGAGGUAGCAAAAUGACAUAGAGCAUUCAAUACCCGUGGGUAUAGGUUCAUAUCAAAGCGUUAUGACAGGGUGACUCAAAACAGUGGAAUUGUUGUGACUGCAAAAACAUCGAGCUACACGUCCGCCAGUGAUACUAACCCUGUCCUUGGUGAUAUCAUGUAUUACGGAAGGAUACUUGAUAUAAUUGAGUUAGACUACUACGGAAAUUUCUCAGUUGUGUUGUUUAAAUGUGAAUGGGUCGAUGUAACUAAAGGAAAAGGAGUGAAAAUAGAUAUGUUUGGCUGCACACUUGUGAAUUUCUCAAAUAAAUUCAUACCGGUGAAAAGAUUGAGCAUGAGCCCUUUGUAUUUGCAAAUCAAGUCGACCAAGUGUUUUACAUUGAAGACCAUUUAAAUCCAGGGUGGUCUAUUGUAAGGAAGAUGAAACCUAGAGAUGUAUUUGAACUGGGCGAAGAAUGGAAUGAUGUGGAAUGCGAACCAUACCAUGUCAAUAAUCUUGGGGAGCUAUUUGACAGUGCACAUGAUGGUCAGACAUGGAUUCGAAGAGAUAUAGAAGGAACAACUGUCAAUAACAUAGUAACUAAUUAAAGGUGAGGUUAUGAAGGUUUUUCACUAUCUAUCUGUCCAUUAUCAAUGAUUUCCUUAUAUUGUUUAUAUCUUCACUUGGGGAGCACUUUAUUUUUAUGGCAGUAAUUUUGGAUGGAGAUUUACUGCGAUGAAGGCUUCUUCACCACAAUAGCUUUUCUGGACGAAAAUGUCAUUCGUAUAUUUCCUUGGAUUGUCUAAGUGAUUGAGCCAGAUCGAUUCAACUUUUUAUUUGCAUACAUAAGUCCUGUAAUAAUGUUCUACAUUAGUUAUAUACAGAAUUGGUGGUUAGAUCUUAUUUUUAAAUAUCUAGGAUAUCAUAUUGUUUAUAUGAUGAGAAAAAGGAAUGGGCGUUUAUAA